AUGUCCGAGAAGUCCCUAAGUGCAGACGCUUCGAAGGGCACCGAGUUCGCAUCCGAAUCCUUGUCUUAUGAUGUGCGUAAGACAGGGGCAGCCCCUCCAGACAACCAGGAAAUACAGAAUGAGCCUGCUUCUGAGAAGCUUGUAAUACAUCCUGGUGAAGCACCAGAUGGAGGAUUGACUGCGUGGCUGGUAGUUGUUGCGUUUGGUUUAUCCAAUUCAUGGGGUGUCUUCCAAGCGUAUUACGAGGAAAAUUUACUACGUCACACUUCUCCUUCGGUCAUAGCAUGGAUUGGUUCUGUGCAGUACGCACUCGUGUACCUUCCAGCGCUUGUGACGGGACGACUGUUUGACCUAGGAUACUUCAAGAUACCGUGCUUUGCCGCUAGCUGCGUUUUUGUUGUGUGCACCUUCCUAAUCGCGGAAUGCACACAAUACCUGCAUUUCUUUCUCAUACAGGGUCUCAGUAUUGGAGUGUGUUGCGGUAUUAUAGUUGGCCCCGCACUUGUUGCCGUCUCGCAUUGGUUCUACAAGAAACGUGGCCUUGCUUUGUCGCUCACAGCUAUCGGGGCUUCAUGCAGAAGCACCGUGUUCCCUGUAGUAGCACAAAGUUUGAUUCCAUUAAUCGGAUUUGAAUGGACUGUCCGUGUAUUUGGAUUUAUUCUGAUAGCUACAUUGGGGAUGGGCAACAUAUUUCUAAAGCGACGGCUUCCUCCCGUCAAUGUUCGUGGGGGAUUAUUUAAUCUUAAAGUGUUCCGCAACGCAGCAUAUUCUAUCUUUUGCAUUUCGGGGAUAAUGGCAUUUCUAGGACUUUAUACAGCACUCACAUAUAUGUCGGUGAGCGCCGUCGCAAUUGGCAUCCCUAAGAAAUUUUCAUUCGAUAUUCUCGCGAUCGCCAAUGCAUCAUCUACGUUUGGACGUGUGUCGGCCGGCCUAUUAGGAGACAAAGUUGGUGCACUCAACACCAUGGCAGCUUUCACUGCUGUAGCGGGAAUUAUGACAUUUGCCUGGCCAUUUGCUAAAAAUGAAAUACAGCUCAUUGUCAUAUCCUCUAUCUAUGGAUUCUCCACAGGAGGAUACGUAUCUCUUUUCGCUGUAGCCGCCGUAGCAAUGGGAAAGAUUGAAGAUGCGGGUCGUCGAGUGGGAAUGUUCAUGUCCCUUGCUGCCUUUGGGGCUAUCUCAGGUCCUCCAAUAUCAGGUGCUAUCAGCUCUGCGUCAGGAGGGUUUUUUGAAGCCGGUUACUAUGCAGGUGGCAUCAUUAUGUGUGCUGUUGUAUUGCUGCUUUUGGCGCGAUACCUCCACCUAGGAGGCCUAUGGGGAAAGUGUUGAACGAUCCAUUCAGUAAAACAAAUGAAGCAC